AUGUCGAACGCUCCUAAGCCUCCUACCGAGCCUACAGAGAGCGCAGUCGUCACUGCUCCCGCUCCCACAGUCUCUACAGACUCUGCUCAUCCCCCCACCACGCCUCAACCGGCACCUGUACCACCACGGACUUACUCGCAACUGCCAAUCUACGCACCGCCGCCCGCCUAUGCGCCCAACUCCACCGUACCGACCUUCAUCAGGACACUCUCCAUCCUCCUCUUCGUCGGUGGAACACUGAGUGCGGCAGUCGCGUGGGUGUACAAGUCAAUCAUCUACCCUCGACUCGUCGUCGCCCUCAAAGCCCGCUCCCGCCUCUUCACCAUCCACGAAUCCGCCUAUGCCAAGCUUUACGAUGCCCUUCGAACCUUUACUGGAUCGUCUAGUGUUGCGAGAUUGGGCGGCGCGGAGGCGAUCAAGUACAAGCGGAAGAUGAGGGAGGAGCAGGCUGCGAGGACAGUUGUGAGCGAGGAUGAGGCAGGAGAGGCGGGCGCGGAGGGCAGGGAAGAGGAGAAGCAACCUCUAUUGGCGGAGGAAAAGGCAGAGGGAGAAGCGGAAGGCGUGGUGGAACAGUCAACACCCUCUCUCCCUCCUCCACCUCAGCUCCUCGAACCCGUCAAGUCCGCUCUCUCGACCCUUCGCGCCGAAGUCAAGUCCGCCUCGCCCUCUGCUCUCUCGGCCUCUUCCGCACACAGCAGCUCCAACCCCUCCAACCUCGUCCAGCCACAAGGAACGCUCAUGCGGUCGCUCGUCACUUUCAAUGAGUACCUCGACUCGGAGAUCUACUCCGCCUCGACUUUCCAUACGUAUAGGCCGUACGGCGCGUAUGGAAGUAGUGGAAUGUCGACUGCUACGGGCGAGAGGAAGGCGUUGCAGGAGGUGACGCACAACUUCAAGGCGGAAAUUCGGUCGCUGAAGGGUGCCCUGCUCAAUCGGCGGAACUUUGCAGUGCCGCGAGCUGAAGUUGCGACUUCUGCCUGA